AUCCUCAAAAACCCUAAGCAUCCUCAUCUCUCCCCCAAUUGCCUAACCCAAAGCUCUCGAUCCUUCCAUUUCUCCCUCUCUCUUUCUCGAAAAAAGUCCUAACCCCAAUCACACGCAAUGGGUUCGAAAUCAAGGAGCGAUAAUCCGCACUCAGGCGAUGGCGCUAGUCCUGGAAAGAUUUUUAUUGGAGGAUUGCACAAAGAAACGAGCUUUGGGACGUUUCGAAACCACUUUGAGAAAUAUGGAGAACUGACUGAUGCUGUGAUAAUGAGGGAUCGGUACACUAAUCAGCCUAGAGGAUUUGGGUUUGUUACCUAUGCUGAUCCGUCAGUAGUUGACAAGGUUAUUGAAGACACCCAUAUCAUCAAUGGGAAACAGGUUGAGAUAAAGAGGACUAUUCCAAAAGGCCAAGGGCAAUCAAAGGAUUACAAAACAAAGAAGAUUUUUGUUGGUGGCAUUCCAUCUUCAGUCACCGAAGAUGAGUUCAAGAAUUUCUUCUCCAAGUAUGGGGAAGUGGUGGAACACCAGAUAAUAUGUGAUCAUGAAACGCAGCGAUCUCGAGGCUUUGGAUUCAUUAUUUUUGACAGUGAUGAAGUUGUAGAUGAAAUGUUAUCAAAUGGAAAUAUGAUUGAAAUGGCUGGUACCCAGGUGGAGAUCAAGAAAGCUGAACCAAAGAAAUCCUCAAACCCACCACCUGCCCCUGCAUAUGGUAGCAACUCUAGGUCUCGUUCUUUCAAUGAUGGCUACAGUGGCUUUGGCAGUUCUUAUGGAGGUUUUGAUGGAGGGUAUGGUCCUGGUCCCUAUAGGACACCGGGUGGUUUUGGCAGUAGGAUUGGUGGUGGAUAUGGUUAUGGAGGUGGUAGUGGAGAAUUUGGGGGUGGUUAUGGGGGUUUUGGAGCCAGUAGCUUAGGUGGCUACCGAAGUGAAUCUUCCCUUGGUUAUUCUAGUCGCUAUGGACCCUAUGGUGGUGGUUUUGGUAGCAGUUAUGGAGGUGGCUUAGGUGGAUAUGGUCGUGGGGGUGAAGGCUACGGUGGUUAUGGCAGUUCAGGCUAUGGUGCUGGUUAUGACUCUGGGCCUGGUUCUAGUUAUGGUGGAGCAGGUGGGAUGUAUGGAAGGGGAGGCUAUAGUGGCAGUAGUCGGUAUCACCCUUAUGCAAGGUAGAAUUGAAAGGCAGUAGUCAGUUUCGUCCUUGUGGGAAGUAGAAAUGAAGGGUUUUCACACAGGCUCCUCUAGUUAUGUUUCUCAUGCAUUGAUAGAUACCUUCUUGCAACUACUAGAGAUCCCCUUUUACUGCUAGAGGGGAAGCUUUAAAUAUCAGAAGAGUUCUACUAGCCUUUUUUCCAUUGUAUGGCAUAGAGAAACUUAUAGAUUGAUUCAGAUUAGCCUGUCGUCUACUAUGGAAGUCAUGUUCUAGUGUAAUUUCAUUUUAGCAUGUUAUGUAGAAUAAUAGACCGACCAUCUCAUGUGGUGUUUAUUAUAAUCUACAAAAGUCGUGUUUUAGUGUAA